UAGAAAAAGGUGUUACAAGUUAGAUAUGCUCUCGGUCAAGGAGCAGCAACGGCCUUUGCAAUUUAUAUUGAAGAGGCUGUGCAUACAAAGGAGAAGUGAAGAAAGCAAGAUUCCUUGAGAAGGAGGCAACAGUUGGAAGUGGUUCUUGUAGGAGGUUCCUAGAAGGCCUGAGUCAGACUAUAAGAUAUCUCUAUUCUUUCUUCUUCUUCUUCUUCUUCUUCUUCUUCUUCUUCUUCUUCUUCUUAAUUCUGCCUCCUGGAAUCCAAAAUCCGCAUUCUCACAAACGAGCAGCUUUGAAACUAUGGGACUUGUUCGAAAUACCAACUUGUCAGCUCUUCUUGUCUUGCUAUCUUGCUUUCGUUUAGAGUUUGGCUCUGCCACAGACACCAUCACAGCAGCUAAGUUCAUCAACGACUCUGAAACCAUCAUCUCCAAUGGCGGUGACUUCAAACUGGGAUUUUUCUGCCCUCCAAAUUCUACCGAUCGAUAUGUUGGGAUAUGGUAUGCAGCGUAUGCUGAAAUUUCUGCGUUCACUGUCAUAUGGGUUGCUAACAGAAACAAUCCUCUCAAGAAUUCCUCUGGAAUUCUUACCAUAUCCGAAGAUGGCAAUCUGGUAGUGCUAGAUGGGCAAAAGAAGCUUCUUUGGUCAUCAAAUUUAACAAAUUCUGUUGGCAAUUCGAGUGCCCAGCUUUUAGAUUCUGGAAACCUUGUUUUGCGAGGAAACACUACAGGGACAAUCAUAUGGGAGAGUUUCCAACAUCCUUCUAAUAUAAUGAUAAAAAAUAUGAAAAUUAGUACGGAUGUUAGAACGGGUAAGAAAGUGCAGCUGACAUCAUGGAAAAGUCCUUCUGAUCCAUCCAUUGGAAACUUCUCUGCCGGUCUUGAGGUUCGUAAUCUUCCUGAAUUUUUUAUUUGGAAUGGCAGUAGCACAAUUUGGCGGACUGGUCCAUGGAACAGUCGGAUCUUUAUUGGAGUACCAACCAAGUAUUCUUCAUAUCUUGAAGGAUUUAGUGUUGUAGAUAAUAAAGAAGGAAUAUCCUAUUUUACUUUUUCCUCUUCGAACGAGUCUCUCCGAUUAAAUUACGUCUUGAAUGAGCAAGGAAAUCUACUUGAAGUAUAUAGCAACAAUGGGAAGGAUUGGGAGGUCAUGUGGUCAUCUUUACGGACUGAGUGCGAUGUUUAUGGCAAGUGUGGGGCAUUUGGAAGCUGUAAUUCACAUAAUUCACCAAUAUGCAGCUGUUUACGGGGGUUUGAGCCAAAAAACAUAGAAGAAUGGAACAGAGGAAAUUGGACUAGUGGAUGUGUGAGGAGGAGACCCUUGCAGUGUGAAAGGGUGAGCAAUGGCAGUGAUGGGGGCAAAAAAGACGGAUUUUUGGAACUGACGAUGAUGAAAGUGCCAGACUUGGAAGAUUGGUCAUCUGCUCGUGAAGAAAAUUGUAGAAACCAAUGCUUGGAGAAUUGUUCUUGUGUUGCUUACGCAUUUGAUGCUGGCACUGGUUGUAUGUCAUGGACAAGAAACUUAAUUGACCUACAGAAGUUAUCGAGUGGCGGAAUUGAUCUUCAUGUGCGUUUGGCCUAUUCAGAACUUGAUACAACGGAAAAAGUGAAAGUAAUCAUCACAGUCACAGUGAUCAUUGUAUUAAUAUUCACUGGCAUCUGCACUUACCUAUUGUGGCGUUGGAUGGCUAAACAAAACGGGAGAAGGAAAACAAAAAUGUCAUUGUACAAAUUUUCUGGUGAAGAGAAGCUUGGAAACAACGUGAACCAAGUUAAACUCCAAGAGCUACUGUUAUUCAACCUUCAGGAGCUGGCGAGUGCAACAAACAACUUCCAUCAAUCAAACAAGCUUGGGCAGGGUGGGUUUGGUCCCGUAUACAGGGGAAAAUUGUCAAAUGGACAAGAAAUUGCAGUAAAAAGACUUUCAAGAGACUCUGGACAAGGGCAAGAAGAAUUUAUGAAUGAGAGUGCAAAGCUCAAAGUCCCACAAAAAAGCAGUUUCAAGUCUCAAAUUAGGUCUGGAGUUUGGUCAGAAGUCAACGGGAAGAAACUAAUUGGAUGGGAGUAUUUCCGGUGGAAGGAGAGAGGUAAGGAGAUGGAGAUGGAGAUGGUUUUUGGUUUAGGAGCAAACCCUCCUAAAAGGGAAGGAGUACCCAAAGGAAAGAUUGGUUGUAAUGAAAUAUGA